AUGAUGCUUGGUGACAGCGUCUACAACGUCUUGAGAAUUGUUGGGGUUGCAUUGUUCCACAAACUCCGCAACAAAUACACUGCUGAUGAUCAUCUUCAAUCCCCUCCUCCUGAUGAUCAUGAUCAAACCUCACCUUGCCGUAGCGAUGAGCAGAUAAGGACCCAACACUUCCUCAAUGACCUAAUACCAACCAAGCUUUCAACCGUUGCCGCCGCCGCCCUUGUGGCCAUUUCCGCAAUAUUACUCCCUCUAAUCUUCCGCCCAUUAAAAUGGUACUACGUCGUGGCCGCGUACAUGAUAAGUUUUGUCCUAGCUUUCAUCCAAGCGCAUGUGGUCGGGCUUUGUGACGUUAUUCUCAACCCUGCAUCUUUAGAUAUACGAGCCGCGUUCGUCUUCGGAGCAUGGGCUGGGAUCGCUCAGGGCGGCGUUCUUGUUGGCCUGGUUGCUUGCGCGAUCAUGACCAACUUUAUCACCGCCGCCGCCGACCUAAUGGCAGACCUCAGAACUAGCUACUUAACCAUGGCUUCCCCGAAGUCUGUUUUCGUUUACAAAGUCAUUGGAACUGCGUCGGGCUGCUUCAUCUCUUCCAUGACAUUCUGGUACUUUGAAAAACAUGAUCGUAAAGUUGGGACCGACAAGGCAUAUUAUACUGCAUAUGCUGGUAAAAUUUUUAGACAAACUGCUAUAUAUGGUGUUCAAGGAUUUUCGGGCUUCCCUAAGCACUACCUUCAGUUCUGGUGCGCCUUGUUCAUUAUGGGCAUCGUCAUCAACGUGAUCAAAGAUGUUUUGCCAAAGAAAGUGGCAGGAUAUGUCCCUAAUCCAACGGCACUAGGUGUAGCAUUCUAUGUAAGUGGUCACUCUAGUGUUACUUUUAGCGUUGGGAAUUUGAUCGUUUUUCUGUGGAGGUGGAGGAGAAAGGAUCAGGCUGAUGCAUUUGCACCCAUUGUUGCUUCGGCUUUGAUUUGUGGAGACGGGCUGUGGAAUUUGGUGAGUUCCGUGUUCGCUUUCGUUGGUUUGAUUAAGCCACCAUUGUGCGUGAAGUUUCCUCAUAGCCAAACUGAUGUUUAA